ACUUGACCCGGAAGUACUACGUUUUUCUGCACUGGUAACACGUGUGUAGCUUUUUCCCCCCACUUGCAACGUAGCACGCUGCAAACUAACUAAAACGCUAAGUAACUUCUGCGUUAUCUCUCAGAAACAUGACUAAGGUAAAGAAGGAAAAAGGCACUAAGGAGGAGGAGGCUGGAACGACGGAGACUGUAGGGACAGAGAAGUCGUAUCAAGAGUUGAUUGCAAACAUCAACCCAAUUGCUAAUCCACUGGCCACUAAGAAGCUAAGCAAGAAGCUCUACAAAUGCGUCAAAAAAGCAUCUAAGCUCAAACAAAUUCGCCGUGGAGUGAAAGAAGUUCAGAAGUUCAUUAACAAAGGAGAAAUUGGGAUUGUGGUGUUGGCUGGAGAUACUCUUCCAAUCGAUGUUUACUGCCAUCUACCCGUCAUGUGUGAGGACAGGAGUCUGCCAUAUGCCUAUAUUCCCUCAAAAGUGGACCUUGGUUCGUCUGCAGGCUCAAAGCGGCCCACCUGCGUCAUCAUGAUCAAAUCUCACGAGGACUAUAAGGAGGCCUAUGAUGAGUGUUUCGAGGAGGUCUCUGCCCUGCCCAAACCCCUCUGAACCUGUUCUCUGGCUAUCAGACUCAAAUUGUAUCUGAGAAUGUCUGGCUGUAGGCAGAAUCAAUUGGGGGGGGUGAAAUGAACUGACUGUAACUAGAGCCAAGCUGCAGAGUGGUGUGGUAUUUGUCUCAGUAUACGUCGAUACCCCAGCAGUUACCCCCCCCCCCCCCCCAAAUGUCAUAUUUGUUUGUUUUGGUUAUUAAAUGUAAACAGGGCCUAUGAAGGUUGACAGCAUCCUUUGGUAUUUUAAAUAGGUGCUGACUUGAAACUGGACUUUAUUUUCCUAGUUUUGGUGGCAUCCAUGCGUUGUCUACAGCCAGAUAUGAAUAUGUCUACCAAGUACAUUCAGUUUUUACAUUGUAUUAUGUGCUUUCAUAACUAUCGGUUGCACUGCUAUAUAACAUACAUUUUGGUAUGAAUAAUAAAUGUGCACGCUGAUUUUGA